UGGUUGGUUAUGGUAACAGCCAGUCAGGGUAAUCUGCCCGCCCAUUCCACUGCCCAUUGAAUGUUUCCGAGUUCCGAAACAGUGGCCGAAUAUGCAGAACAGUUGGUUGACUGAAAUGGGAAAUUAUAGUUAAGUGGGUUACUGGGUUUGUGUUGGGGGUUACGGCUAUUCUAAUAGCGUUUCAUCUGUUGGUCUGUCUUCUUGGCGGUCAUACUAGCUUUUUUUUCUGGAUUGUGAAGAGUUGGACCCUCCCUACCUUGGUGGAAGUACAGCGCGUGCUGUCGGGUGGGAUCCUGGACAGCACCGCCGAUUGAGUACAGUGACCUGGAGUUGCUGGAGAUGUCAGCUGGCCCUUAUGUUACACAAGUGUAUGCGUAGGAUCAUAACCGUAUCUUCAAGGCACCAUAUCUUCAAGGCAUACUAUCUAUUACAUGAAUUCCCUCUAAGGAAGCCAGCAGUGUGUUUCCCAUUGUAUUCAAGGUGAAAUUUCAGGAGUUUUCCAGUGAAGCCCAAGAUUAUUUAGCUCCUGCACAGUCACCAUUUCUAAAUGUUAUGGGGUUGUACGUAUGACACUACUAUGAUGUAACCUUGAUGUGAGGUGGACCUGCAGACAUAAUGCAUCAUUCAACUUCAGAGGCAGAGUGGCUAGCAUGAGAAAUGGACCAUCAGUAGCGUACCUGAAAAACCAUCAUUAUCCAUUUUUGUCAUCUUCCACUACUGAGCUAUACUGUGCCUCCUGUUCUUAAGGGUGAUCUGAUUACAUUUGGGCAGAAUUCCAGCUCUUGCACCAGCCAUCAUGAAUGCAGAUGAGAAGAGCCUGGGAUCAUCACAGAAAACAGUGACUCCCUCUAGAAGCAUAAGCAGCAGUUCUUCUAAGCACGGUAUUCGACAGGAUAGCUGGGAGGUUGUUGAAGGACUGCGAGGGAGUGUCAACCUUAUCCAAGAGCCUCAGAAGCAGGAAGGCUAUCUUUUGAAGAAAAGAAAAUGGCCUCUUAAAGGGUGGCAUAAGAGAUACUUUUUAUUAGACAAGGGGAUCCUAAAAUAUGCAAAAACUCGAAGUGAUAUAGAAAAGGGGAAAUUACAUGGCAGUAUUGAUGUUGGAUUGUCCGUAAUGUCCAUAAAGAAAUCUGCAAAAUGUAUUGACUUGGAUGCAGAGGACAACAUUUACCAUCUUAAGAUAAAGUCCCAGGAACUCUUUGAUGAAUGGGUAUCUAAACUUCGAAAUCAACGAGUGUACCGUCAGAAUGAAAUUGCUAUGUUCCCCCAUGAUGUGAAUAACCAUUUCUUUCCUCUCUCUUCUCCUGCGGAGUCGUCAUCUAAUUUAACUGACUCACCGUCCAUUGGAAAGAGAGGCAGUUUGACUAAACAAUGGUCAGUGCAUGGUGGAAGCGGUUUUCCACUAACUUAUCCAAGUAGCCAGGCUAGGAUUGCAGCUUGGUUGCAUUCUUCAGACGAUAUGGAAAAAUGCUCAAAAGACCUUUCACAGUGUCAAGCCUACCUACUGGAAAUGAGCCAGCUAUUGCAAAGUAUGGAAGUUCUUCACAGAACCUACUCAGCACCAUCGAUAAAUGCCAUUCAGGGUACUGUUGAAAGUCCAAAAAAGGAGAAAAGAUCUCAAAGGAGAUGGGGGACAAAAAGUAUUGGCAAAGAUGCUAAGUCAACCCUCCAGGUCCCUUGUAUAUCUGCUGGUCCAGUGCGAUUGCAUGCAUCUAAUCCAAAUUUGUCGACUGUAGACUCCAGUGAUGACAAAGUGUACUCGUAUGGCUCAGAACUAUCUACAGACUAUUCGAGGAUGCAGGAAGACUUGUGUCACAUAGCUCAUAAAGCGUAUUCCGCUCUGCGAUCAACUUUUAACACUGUGUCAAUUGAAAAAGAGAAACUUAGGCAAAUGUUGGAACAUGAUGUUUGUCAGUCCCCAACUGCUCAAAUAAUGGGUCUAAAGAAUGCCUUGUCAGCUGCGAUAGCUCAGAACACAGAGCUCAGAGACCGACUAAGCAGAAUUCAUGCUGAGUCAAGUCUCAUUGACACAAGUCCUUGUGCUACAAAGGAAGACACAACUGAGGGUUGCAAACCCCUUGUUCAUCAGGCCUCCGAUGAAAGUCGAACAUCUAUGACUGAAUCUAUGUCUGAGUUUUUUGAUGCACAAGAAUUUUUGGUGUCUGCUAGCUCUUCAGAAAAUGAGGCAUCAGAUGAUGAAUCGUAUGCCAGUGAUGUAAGUGAAAACAAUUCUGAGGACAACAUAAGUAAUGAUAUUGAAACUGAAGGAGACACAUUAGGAUGUGCUGAAAAUGGAAUGGUAGUCUAUGAAGGAAGGAGGGCAUGUUUACCUGCUCCAAGCCCAAAUACAAGUAACAUCAGCCUCUGGAAUAUUCUGAGGAAUAAUAUUGGAAAAGAUCUUUCUAAAGUUGCCAUGCCCGUUCAGCUGAAUGAACCACUCAAUACACUACAGCGACUCUGUGAAGAACUGGAAUAUAGUGAGCUGCUGGACAAAGCUGCACAGACUUCAGAUCCAUUCGAAAGGAUGGUUUACAUAGCUGCAUUUGCAGUAUCUUCAUAUGCGUCAAGCUACUACAGAGCUGGAAGUAAACCUUUCAACCCUGUGCAAGGAGAGACAUAUGAAUGUAUACGUGAAGACAAGGGCUUCCACUUUUUUGCAGAACAGGUCAGCCAUCAUCCACCUGUCUCCGCUUGUCAUGCUGAGUCAAAGAACUUCGUCUUUUGGCAAGAUGCAAGGUGGAAAAACAAAUUCUGGGGAAAAUCUAUGGAAAUUGUUCCAGUUGGCAUAGUACACGUAAAACUUCCUGCGUUUGGAGCCCAUUAUGAGUGGAGCAAAGUGACAUCAUGCAUACAUAAUAUUCUGAGUGGACAGCGAUGGAUUGAGCACUAUGGAGAAAUUAUAAUCAGGGAUACAGAAAAUGAUACCUGCCAUUGCAAGCUGACAUUUGUGAAGGCAAAAUAUUGGAGUCCAAAUGUAAAUGAAGUUGAAGGAAUGGUAUUAGAUAAAAGUGGAAAAGUUGUGCAUCGAUUAUUUGGCAAAUGGCAUGAGGGACUGUAUUAUGGAGUUCCACCUUUAUCCAAAUGUAUCUGGAGAACAAAUACCAUGCCUAAAGAUUUUGAGAAGUUCUAUGGGUUUACCAAAUUUGCUCUGGAGCUGAAUGAAAUCACUUCGCCGUUGAGGCCACUUCUGUGUCCUACAGAUACAAGAUUCAGACCAGAUCAAAGAUUACUGGAAGAAGGAAACAUAGAUGCAGCAGAAGAACAAAAGCAGAGAAUAGAACAGCUCCAGAGGGAAAGGAUGCGAAUUCUUGAAGAAAACAACCUAAUCCAUCAACCUCGAUUUUUCAGGAAAUCUCCAGAUGACUCAUGGCUGAGCAAUGGAACUUACUGGAAUCUAAGAAGAGAUCCAGGCUUCACCUUGCUCGACAAUCCAGUACUUUGGUGAGAAUGGAAUGAUAGAUCUCAAAAACAAAUACCUUCAAACUGGGCUUCAUUAUGAAAUGCUAUCCUUUACCAAAACCUAUAUAUCUGUAUGUAUUCUACAUAUAAAAUUUCUUAAGACUUUCUAUUUUUUAAGAAGAAAAAUAUUUUAAAUAUGAUCAUGCUCUUUUGGUAACCCUCAUUACUUAAAAGGUAACGGUAAACAGGAGUAGGAAAAAGGCAAAAGAGCAAACUCCUGCAUUCUGGAUUCACGAGCCUUGUAAAGAAUCGUGUUUAUAAAUGCAGUUCUUACAACAGGGAAAAUAAACAUUUAUAAAGUUUUCCUUUACACCACCGUUCUGUUAUCUGCUUGACAUUUGUAUUCAUUGUAAGUGCUUCCAAGAAGGUAAUCUGUACUUACCCUCCAUAAGAGCGAAGAACAAAACUCAAAUGGGUAGAAGCAGCCGCUAUAAUACAGGUUCUUACUGUGAAAGAACAGUGAUUGUAUCAUUGUGAUGAUGUUGAGAAAGAACCAUUUCUUUUGAAAAGCAAUUAUGCUAAUACAUUUUCCAAGGUUAACCUAACAGCCGUUUCUUGUACAUGUAACUGAAAAAAUAUAUAUGCAAACAUAUUAUUGGCUGUCAAUAUACAAAUAAUCUUUUCCUGAAUUUUGCAUGGCAGUUCUCUGGAGAAAUUCCAAAAAUGCUGUAUUAUCUGGAAAUGGAUUCUUAGAGCUCAUUCACUUCAAAGAAAUGUAUUUGUCACAAGUACUUUAGUGAAAUACUUCACUAUAUAAAAAAUGGACUGACAUGAUAUCUUAGUAUGACUAAUUGCACCUGUCAGUAUCUUAUUAUAACUAAGAAAAAAGAAAGCAGAAGAAAUGAAUGUUUUUCAUGCAACUUGCAAACAGUUAUUUAAAAGGCUAGUGCCUCUGUAAGUGCUGCUGCUGAGCUGGUACACUAAAAUAAAAUGGCACCCUCAAGUGUAUUGCCUGCACUUGCACAUCAGGGUUGUUCCUUUGAGUCCUGUCAUGGAGUAUAUAUGUGUAUUACAGUGCUAUCACCUUUUAAAUAUGUGUUAACUAAUGUUUACUUUGUUAGUAUUUUUCUACCUCUCCUAGGGAAAACAUUCAAUACAUUUGCUAUGUUAAAGAAACAUCAGACCAGUGGCCUUAUAUAAGAAUAUGUAAAUGCUGUUUGUUAUUGACAAAUCUGUUUGGUAAGGCUUCCUAAAAGUAAGUGCCUUGGACUAAGUUGAUCAUAUACUCUUCAGUAUAACAUUAUCCCUGUACACACUUCCAUUUUAUAUGGAAGUCUGUAGUUAUUUACCCCAUAUAGUGCAAAACUACUGCUUGUAAUUUUAUCUGCAGGGAAAGCUUAUCACAUUAACCAGCCUCAUAUACAUGAAAGCAUCAACCUGUAAUCAUGUUUAAUCUAGAAUUCUGUUUGAAGGGAUUUUAAACGUGUAGCAAAUCUUACAACAGAAUGCCAUGAUGAAUCUAGCAUACCUGUCCAGAGCUUGAAAAGGGUUUGGCACGCCAAGAAUUGUGCGUUAGUGUUUCUUUCCUUCUUUCUUUUUUUUUUUGACAAUCAGUUUUCAUUCUUACAAGUGUCCAAUUUUGUAAUGGUAUCACAAAAAAAAAACACUGCAAAUCUUAAAUAUGUUUACACAGUCAGUUUGCAGUUUAAUAAGAAACAUUACUGUGAAACUGAUUACUGCUGGAAUACAGAUAUAAUCACAGUAGAUAUUAAUCGCAUUGAUUGUCCAACUGACGGUGCAGUGUUUGAUAUCCAAGUCUUCCUUCAUACUCUGAGGCUAAGUGUAGAAAAUGUAGAGGUCAGAGGCAUUUUCACAGUCUCAUACUAUUCUUGGCUUCAUCCAGCAUUAUCAUACGUGUGUUUUCUGAUCCAUACUGAUGUAUCUUCAAAUUAUGAAAAUGCUGAAAGGUAUUUAUACACACACAACUUGUACAUAAAAUAGUCUGUACAACACUAUCAUGAUGUAAGUUCUAUGACCAAGACUGUUACAGCUUAGUUAUUUAAAUAAAUAUAUCCACGUUAAAAAGGGUAAGCAUCUUUACAUGUUUUUGUAGUAUGUAAUUCUUUCUAUUUGUACUUAAUAGAGUACUUGUUUAUACAUCACAUUGACAUAUAUGAUUGUUUCAUUUAUUCACAUGUACCCUUUGAAAUAUUUGGCAUUUGCACUUCAUUUUCAGUGAGUUACAUCUUGUCUUCAGUACUGCUAGUGUAUGACUUUACAUGAAAAUAUGUUUAAGCCUGUACAGUGACAUGCAAUCAGAUUUUUGUACUGUACUUUCUGUAGUCUCUAGUGCCUCAUACAAAUAAAAAGUUGCAUGAAAAUAUGGCUGUUGAACAACUUUGAAUUAACUUGUUUAAAAUGAAACUGUGUGUUCAAUAAAUUACUGUCCAACAAGAUUAUUA